CGUAAAGUGACGUCAUGCGUUGGAUGUUUUCAAAGGACGUCAUGACGUCACACGUGUUCCUGUCUCCACCCGUUGGCAGCCAUGAUGCAGGAAGGACUGGACGACGGACCGGACUUCCUCUCCGAGGAGGACCGAGGACCCAGGGCGGUCAGCGUCGACCUCCAGACAGACGCCACGCUGCAGGUGGACAUCUCGGAUGCCCUCAGCGAACGAGACAAGGUCAAGUUCACUGUGCACACCAAGCGUGCCGCUGUAUCCGCAGAGCACGCUGCUCAACUUCAAGCAGAGUGAAUUCUCGGUGGUCCGCCAGCAUGAAGAAUUCAUCUGGCUGCACGACUCGUUCGUGGAGAACGAAGACUACGCUGGGUACAUUAUCCCGCCCGCCCCGCCCAGACCCGAUUUUGACGCCUCCAGAGAGAAGCUGCAAAAGUUGGGCGAGGGAGAGGGCUCCAUGACCAAGGAGGAGUUCACCAAGAUGAAGCAGGAACUUGAAGCAGAGUACCUGGCCAUCUUUAAGAAGACUGUGGCCAUGCACGAGGUUUUUCUGUGUCGCGUAGCGGCGCACCCCAUCCUCAGGAAGGACCUCAACUUCCACGUCUUCCUGGAAUACAACCAGGACCUGAGUGUGCGUGGUAAGAAUAAGAAGGAGAAAUUGGAGGACUUCUUCAAGAAUGUGGUCAAGUCGGCCGACGGUGUCUUGGUGGCGGGCGUCAAGGACGUGGAUGACUUCUUUGAGCACGAGAAGACUUUUCUGUUGGAGUAUCACAACAGAGUCAAAGACGCCUCGGCCAAAUCCGACAGGAUGAUCCGCUCCCACAAGAAUGCUGCAGAUGACAUCAACCGAAUGGCGUCGUCGCUGUACGCCUUGGGAACGCUGGACUCCACUGACCUGUGCAAAUUCUUCCUCAAAGUGUCCGAACUCUUUGAGAAGACCAGGAAAAUCGAAGCUCGUGUGGCCGCCGACGAGGACUUGAAGUUGGCCGACUUGUUGAAAUACUACCUGAGGGAAUCGCAGGCUGCAAAGGACCUCCUGUACCGCCGCAGUCGAGCGCUGCUGGACUAUGAGAACGCCAACAAGGCUCUGGACAAAGCUCGCGCCAAGAACCGCGACGUCCUGCAGGCGGACACCAGCCAGCAGCUGUGCUGCCGCAAGUUUGACAAGAUCUCCGAGUCUGCCAAGCAAGAGCUUAUCGAUUUUAAGACGAGGCGAGUGGCGGCAUUCAGAAAGAACCUGGUGGAGCUGGCUGAGCUGGAGCUCAAACACGCUAAGGGGAACCUGCAGUUGUUGCAGAGUUGUCUGGGGGUCCUGAAAGGAAACACUUAGCCACGCCCCACUUGUCACAGCCACGCCCCCUGCAACUGGACAGCGCUCUUUGCAUGGGGGUGUUGCGGGGCCCAUGUCGGAUGGACUACAAAAACUCUUGAAGGCUUCAAAAAAGCAAACAAGAACAAACAAACAGGAAAGCUUCAUCACGAUAACCACACACUUUCCUCUUCAUCAACACGCACACACAAAUGUUGUCCUUGGAUCAGUCUAGUCCGAUGUAGGUCUAUCUGGAUCAGUCUGGGACUGUCUAGCUCAAUCUGGUCCAGGUCCUGGGGAGUUCACUGUGUGAAAUCAGCAUUAGUUAAAUUCAGUCAUGAUGACUUUGGUCUGCUCAGAAUCACUCCAUCAGACUGGUUCAAUUUGGUUCAGUGUGUCCAGUCUGGAUCAGUCAAAUUUCAUCUGGUCCAGGUGCAAGUCCUGGUCUAAUGUGGGUCAAUCUGGAUUACCGGUAGUAGUCUUCAAUCUAGUCAGUCAUUCUGGAUCCAUCUGAUCCAGGUCCUGGUCCCUUCUGGGUCAACCUGGAUCAGUCCGGUCCAGUCGAAAUCACUCUGUAACGGUCUUGCUUAAUCUGGAUCAGGCCGGUCUCGCUGCGGCCGCUCAGUUUCCUGUCAUCUAAUUUAGAUUAAGAUAAUUGGAUGUUGGUGAACGUUUUGUUUUUGCAGCCUCCUACUGCUCGUGUGGUUCCUGUUCUUAUGAAAACGAAUGAAAGCCUUGUACAGGUUUGUAUUCCAGUACAUUCGAAUGGCGGUUUACGGUCGUCUUUGUCAUCUUCCUCUCUUAAUUGUAGCUCUUUUUUGUUUGUGGGAGGAGCCUGAGUGUGUUUGCCUUAACAUCAUUCUUGUUGAGUUUGUUUCUCUUAUUUGCAUAUGACUAUAAACGAAUGUUUUUCACACGUAACGUGACCAAAGCUUCCGUAUCAUCCAAGGUGGCGAUAGAGUAAAAAAAGAAAGAUGCCAGUCCAAUAAACAAGCUGAUUUGUUUUCACAGCAACUUUGAA